UCAUAACUUGGACACAGAUAUAUAUUCGAGAGAUACUAAACAUGGCUGGAGCCAUAGUUACAUAUACAGUUGAAAAAGACAAUCUACGGAUACACCAAUCCGCUAUCAACGAGUUUUUGGAAAAAUUUGUUCCCAGAGACUUAAGGAAACGAGAAAAUUUCCAUCUUGAUAAUGUUCAAUUCACUUUCCGAGAAGAAAUUGACCAAAAUGGAAGUGAUGGAAAAGCAUAUACCAAUGGAAGCAUACGAAAGUGUUGGGGCAUCACUAUUGGUAACAAAGAUUGCAACGUCAUAUGUCCGGCGAACUUUGACCUGUGCGAAACAAUAUUCAAAUCAUUCAUUAAAAAGUUCUUCAAGGAAGAGGUCACCUUUCACGAAAAAGAAAUAAAUGAAGAACAUCCAUCAAUUCUGCUGUGCUUUUGCAAACGCAGUGUGGACGAUGACGUUUCAAAUACGUUAGGUUUAGCUGGUGAGCUAGGAAAGAAUUAUAUGGUUAUCGGUUUGCAGUGCUGUGAGAAGGCUGUUUAUCCAAGCAAAUUGAUCCAAGACAAAGAUGGAGAGAGAGGAAUCCCUCUUGCAAAUAUUUUUUACAUCAAUGAGAACAAAUGCUACGAAUUUCCAACCAAUGCUUUCGCCAAACAAACAAUUGAAGAUUUUUUGAAUGGACAUCAAUGUUAAUUCUCUGUCAAUGAAGGGUAAAAUAUUAGGUAUUUUACGCGUUAUUUCUCUGCAGAUCACCAGUUGCAAUCGCAUAUGUAUGUAUAUUUGUCAUUUCAAAAUAUGUAUUGCAGGAAUUUGCUUUUCAAUAUUUUACUGUUUUAAUUAAAACCAGGA